AUGGUGCAACCAACACAGGCUGAACUCCAAGCACAUCUUGCAGGACAAGCCCAACUCCUCAUGGGGCUCACGGCUGUGCUCGACGACAACGAUAACAACCUCGAUGAACUCACUAAUGAAGAUGAUCUUGAAAAUGAUUAUAUGUCGGAUUCUGAUGCAUUGCUCAUGGCAGCUCUCGAAUAUCAAUCUCUCGCAGCAUCUAUUACUGGUGAUGGUUUACGAGGGCCAUACAAUCAGAUUCCUCAGUCCAAGGAUUUCUUUGCGUGCUGCUUGCAAAGUCCUGAUUGUGAAUUUCGCCAUUAUUUUUGGUGUGUAGUGUAG